AUGGAAGGACAACAGCCUAGUUCGACAGCAUCUGUGAUUACAAUAUCAUCUGUGGAAGACAAUUCCUCCUAUCUCGAAUUUUUUCACGAUUCACCGGCAUCAUCGUCCCGUCCUUUAACGGCCAACAGUAGCACGCAUACAUCACCAAUGCGAUCUUUGUCGAGUUCCUCCGGUGGCUUAUAUAUAAGUGCCCCCGGGAAGAUUAUUUUAUUUGGUGAACACGCUGUUGUCUACGGGCGGACAGCAGUUGCUGGCUCUAUAGAUUUGCGCACUUAUGUUAGCUUAUUCACUUCGGCCGAUGGCAGGAUAUAUUUGUCGUUACCUGCUCUCGGUGUUGAAAAAACCUGGUUACUAAAGGAUCUUUUAAGAGCCGGUGAACGUCUUUCUGAAUACGCGGUUGAUGACGGAUCACCACCAUCGCUCGAAUUACUUGUGCCUAUAGCUCGAAAACUGAGUGGAUCUUGUGAGGAUCAAUGCGGUGUACAGCAUCUAGCAAUAUUAGCCUUCUGGUAUCUUCUUCUCGGUGUAGUGCAGCGAAAAAAGGAUAUACUUGCUGUAAAAGUUACUAUACGUUUCAAACUACCCUCUUGUGUUGGGCUCGGUUCAUCAGGAGCAUAUUGUGUUUGCGUUACAGCUGCAUUGUUGCAGACAGCUGGCUUGAUACCUGCUCCAUCAAUUCCUGUAAAUGAUGAAGGAUCACUGACAUGGGAGGACCACCACCUGGACAUGAUCAGGAAAUGGUCAGCUGCAGCUGAGUCACUAAUACAUGGACGAGCUUCUGGACUUGAUGCAGCUGUAUGUACUUAUGGUGGUGUCGCAUGUUUCAAACCCGGAACAUGCAUUCAGCACUUAAGAAAUCUUCCGGACCUCAGGGUAAUAUUGGUUAAUUCGAGAGUUGAAAGAAACACUUCACGGAUGGUACAGACAGUGAAGGAGCGGUUGAAGAAAUUUCCGGAUGUUGUUGAAUCGAUUUUCAAUGCUAUCGAUGCAAUUUCACGUGAUGCAGCAAGAAUUUUGCAUCGACCACCGGAAGAAAAUGGCGGUGAUGAUAGGGUGUCAAAUGGUGGCAAUAGCAAUAACUCAGCUGGUGCGGCAUGUACCGACGGUGACCAUCAAUCUUUGCAG